GGGUUUACCCACGUCUGGCUGUGGUUUGCUGUCCCGCCUAGCAUACGGCGUCCAUGACUCCAUAUGAAGCGGAAGCGAACACCUUGCAAAGGACCAUCUUUGAUCAGAGGAAGCGUUUGGAGAGAGCGAACUAUCAGCUCAAAGGUGGGAAAUGUUAGGGAGAAGACUAAUCUCCCUGUUCAAAAGCUCCCCAACGUCGCAGCUUUCUGGCUCUGCAAAGCCCACCUAUGAAGAUAACAGCAAGUCAUUGGCUCGAAAGGCGGUGUCUUUUGUUUUGUUUACCGGAACAGGUGGUGUCGCUCUGAGUGCGCUUGACGACCUUGCUAUUUAUCGUAGCUGUAGCAGCAAGGCCCUAGAGAAAGCCAGUAAGAACCAGGCAGUCAUAGACGCCAUUGGGGAACCUAUUGAAAGGGGUCCAUGGUACAGUGCAUCACUUGCAAUGGCUCAUAAGAGGCAUUCUGUGUCUUGUACAUUUCCUGUGUCUGGACCACAAGGCUCGGGAAUUUUCCAGUUGAAGGCAGUCCAUAAUGGAGCUGAUGACUCCUGGCUAUCAUCCCUUCAGCCUCGUGAUUGGGACAUUCUAAUCAUGGAUGCUCUUCUCCAUAUUCCUGGAAAUGACGACAAGCAUCAAACAUUACGGAUUAGUCUAUCUGACUUCACUCCCCCAGCUUGUAAAGCAUGCACCGAGUGCAAGCCUCAAGAGUCACAGAAUCCAGAGCAGAAAUGAAAGUCUGAUGAUUUUUAAUAUGGUAACAUGUUUCCACCAUUUCAAAGUUGGUAAAUCAAACACCUCCGGUCCAUACUUGAUAUGUGAAUGAAGUAAGUUUUGCGAAAUUUUUGUCUUUCUUUUGAAGAAUAUGAUGAGAUACUUUGGGAAUGUAAUGAAAUUAAGUUCUGCUUGGCUA